AUGGUUCCAAUCAAGCUUACAACGACGAACUACCUGACCUGGAGGGCCUUAUUUGCUCUGAUUUUUCGCUGGUACAAUCUUACCGAAUUCAUUGACGGCACGAUUGCUGCUCCGUCGAAAUUCUUUCUUGAUGCAUCUGGAAAUCGCACUGCCACUCUGAAUCCCCAAUAUGUUGCAUGGUAUGAGAAUGAUCAAAACAUCUUGAUCUGGAUCAACUCUACGCUCUCGGAUGCUCUCAUUCCCUACAUUGUUGAAAUUGCUGAUGCCCUAGCCAAUGUCAGUGCUCCAAUUGAAGACUCUGAGCUUAUAUCUGUAAUUCUUCAUGGUCUGCCUUCUAAGUAUGAAUCUUUCAUUGAUGUUGUUCAAUUUCGACUUUGUUCCACCACCGUUGAUAAACUCCAUGGCAUUCUCUUGAGUAAGGAAUUGCAAUUAAAUGCUCGCAAGCCAGCAUCUUUGUCAACAUCGAUUCAAGCUUUUAAUACCUCUGAUGGUCUUCUUCCCACACCAACUAGUGAUUUUGGUUCUCAGGCAUUCUUUACUCAGAAUGGUUCCACUUCGAAUCGUGGCAACUUCUUUAAUUCUCGACACUUCCACAAUCGAGGCACUCAGCGGAAUUUCCAAGGCUCUCAGAGUCAUCCAAGGUUCAAUCGUGGAAAUCAAGGUAAUCAUCAGUAUAAUCAUGGAAAUCAAGUUAAUCACCAGUAUAAUCAUGGAAAUCAAGGUUCUCGUUCCUACUACAACAACUCAACAUAA